AUGGUGGCAGUUUUCCCGAUAGCUUAUUCAACGCAAAAUCUACAAACUCAAGGUUACAAAAUAGAGAAACUUUGUACCAAGGUUUUGGAAAUCGACAGCAAGAAUGUGAAGGCACUCUACAGGAGGGCUCAAGCUUAUAUCAACCUUGUCGAUCUAGACCUGGCAGAGUUUGAUAUCAAGAAAGCACUAGAAAUUGAUCCUGCAAAUAGGGAUGUGAAACUUGAGUACAAGGUACUGAAGGAGAAGGUUAAAGAAAUCAAUAAAAAGGAUGCCCAGUUCUACGGAAAUAUGUUUGCCAAACUGAACAAGCUGGAGCCUUUUGACACUGAAAAAACAGCUCCCAAAGAAGAAGAGCCGAUGAGCGUGGACAGCAAGGCAUAAAUGGCCGUUAGAAUAAAGUUCUGUGAUAUGAUGAGUGUCUUUGCCCUAGUUUUAAUGGUUAUUACUCUUGUCAUUUCUUUGUUGUGUCCUCAGACAUGGACAGUAGACUAGCUAUUUUCUGAAUGCAUAAAGCCUGAAAAGGAAGUUGUAACAGAAUUUCUGUGGUUUUGAUUUGGUUGCACCUAUGAUUCUAAUAGACAUUUUGUUCCUCAAUUUCUAAUAGAUAAUUUCGUGUCUUCCCUUGA